GACGUGGUCUUCGCCGCGAGCGAGGUACGCGCGGCGAGUGUUUAUAAAUAAGGGAGCAGGGCCGGGGGAACGGGAGGUUGCGCCGCUUGCCGCCAGCAGCGCUGCCGUCGCGCGCCGCCGGUAUUGAUCGCGCUCCGCCAGCAGCGCACAGUGUAGUAGCGGAGCAGAGGCAGCGCGGAUGGCGGCCUGCCGCAGCAGGUGAAGGCUCGGGAACAGCUCGCCCGCCGCGGGCAUGGUGGAGUGCGACGAGGCCAGCGCGGACCCGCCCCCCGACGACGUGGACGAGUGCCUGCAGGUGCGCAAGUGGUGGUGCUUCCUGCUGUCCAGCAUCUUCACGUUCCUGGCGGGGCUGCUGGUGGUUCUGCUGUGGCGGGCCUUCGCCUUCCUGUGCUGUCGCAAGGAGCCGGAGCUCGCGCCCAAUGACCCCAAGCAGAAGGAGCAGAAGGCUGCCCGCCAGGGCAAGCAGGAGUUCGAGGGAACCUUCAUGACGGAGGCCAAGGACUGGGCCGGCGAGCUCAUCUCAGGACAGACCACCACCGGCAGGAUCCUGGUGGUGCUGGUGUUCAUCCUCAGCAUAGCGUCUCUCGUCAUCUAUUUCAUCGACGCCUCCAGUGACGAGGUGGAGCGGUGCCAGAAGUGGAGCAACAACGUGACUCAGCAGAUAGAUUUAGCCUUCAAUAUAUUUUUUAUGGUGUACUUUUUUAUACGAUUUAUAGCGGCAAGUGACAAAUUGUGGUUCAUGCUGGAAAUGUACUCGUUUGUAGAUUAUUUCACAAUACCCCCAUCAUUUGUUUCCAUUUACUUGGAUAGAACGUGGAUAGGUUUAAGGUUUCUCAGAGCUUUGCGCCUGAUGACUGUGCCAGACAUUCUGCAGUACCUCAACAUCCUCAAGACUUCAAGCUCCAUUCGCCUCGCGCAACUCGUGUCCAUUUUCAUCUCCGUGUGGCUGACAGCAGCUGGCAUCAUUCACCUGCUGGAGAACUCCGGGGACCCGCUGGAGUUCCGCAACCCGCACCACAUGCCCUACUGGACGUGCGUGUACUUCCUCAUCGUGACCAUGUCGACGGUGGGGUACGGGGACAUCUACUGCGACACCGUCCUGGGCAGGACCUUCCUGGUGUUCUUCCUGCUCGUCGGCCUGGCCAUUUUCGCAAGUUGUAUUCCCGAGAUAAUUGAUCUGAUUGGAACUAGGCCCAAGUACGGAGGAACCUUGAAGAACGAACGUGGCAGAAGGCACAUAGUAGUGUGUGGUCACAUUACCUACGAGUCGGUCUCUCACUUCCUCAAAGACUUCCUCCAUGAAGAUCGGGAGGACGUAGACGUCGAGGUAGUGUUUCUUCACAGGAAGCCGCCGGAUCUGGAACUGGAAGGUCUGUUCAAGCGCCACUUCACAACUGUCGAGUUCUUCCAGGGCUCGAUCAUGAACCCAAUAGAUCUCCAGAGGGUCAAGGUGCACGAAGCGGACGCCUGCCUCGUUCUGGCCAACAAGUACUGCCAGGAUCCCGACGCGGAGGAUGCGGCCAACAUCAUGCGCGUCAUCUCCAUCAAGAACUACUCGGACGACAUCCGUGUCAUCAUCCAGCUGAUGCAGUACCACAACAAGGCCUACCUCCUGAACAUCCCCUCCUGGGACUGGAAGCAGGGGGACGACGUGAUCUGCCUGGCGGAGCUGAAGCUGGGGUUCAUCGCGCAGAGCUGCCUCGCGCCGGGCUUCUCCACCAUCAUGGCCAACCUGUUCGCCAUGCGCUCCUUCAAGACGUUGGCACAGGCUCCGGACAUGCAGUCCUGGCAGAAUGACUAUUUGCGCGGGACGGGCAUGGAGAUGUAUACGGAAACGCUGAGUCCCACGUUUAUAGGCAUGCCUUUCGCCCAGGCCACAGAACUGUGCUUCACCAAGCUCAAGCUGCUGCUGCUGGCCAUCGAGAUCAAGAGCGAGACGGGCGGCGACAGCAAGAUAUCCAUCAACCCCCGGGGGGCCAAGAUACAGGCCAGCACGCAGGGCUUCUUCAUCGCGCAGUCGGCGGACGAGGUCAAGAGAGCGUGGUUCUAUUGCAAGGCUUGCCACGAAGACAUUAAGGAUGAAACCCUCAUCAAGAAGUGCAAAUGCAAAAACUAUGUCGGUAUGAUGAUGAUGCAGUCGGGUAUGGUCAAAGGGGGCCUGAACUCGUCCUACCAUAACUACUUGGAUGAUGAGCUGCACCUGCCCCCCACCUUCACCCCACCCGAGUUGCCCAAGAAGGUGCACGUGCGAGGUGAAGUCGGACGAGAGAAGGACGAUGCAAUGAUGAGGAACCACCGCGGCCUGCCCACGUCGCUGGUCAACUCCACCAAGCAGGUGAACAAGGUGAAGCCGAGCGUGAACCGCAGCACGCCAGACCACCUCUCGUCGCCCAGCCAGCAGACGUACAGGCCUCAAGAGGAAGCGGGCUAUGCUGGCUAUCACCUUGCCUACGAAGUAAAAAAACUCAUGCCGACCAGCCGCAGCUCGGCCGGCAACAGCAACUCCAACAACGGCGGCGGGCUGCAGGUGGGCAUCGCCGACGACCAGGCCAAGGACUUCGACUUCGAGAAGACGGAGAUGAAGUACGACUCGACGGGCAUGUUCCACUGGGGGCCCGCCCGGAACCUCGAGGAGUGCAUCCUGGACCGCAACCAGGCGGCCAUGACGGUGCUGAACGGCCACGUGGUGGUGUGCCUGUUCGCUGACCCGGACUCCCCGCUCAUCGGGCUGCGCAACCUGGUGAUGCCGCUGCGUGCCUCCAACUUCCACUACCACGAGCUGAAGCACGUGGUCAUCGUGGGCUCCGUCGACUACAUUCGCCGCGAGUGGAAGAUGCUCCAGAACCUGCCCAAGAUCUCUGUCCUCAACGGCUCGCCGCUGAGCCGUGCCGAUCUGCGCGCGGUCAACGUGAACCUGUGUGACAUGUGCGUGAUCCUGUCGGCGAAGGUGCCGAGCAACGACGACCCGACGCUCGCGGACAAGGAGGCCAUCCUCGCCUCCCUCAACAUCAAGGCCAUGACGUUCGACGAUACCAUCGGCGUCCUCAGCCAAGCUGUUGCGAACGAGCAAGAUGCGCUGACGCCGGUCGGCAGCCCAAUAGUGCUGCAGCGAAGAGGUUCGGUGUACGGAGCCAAUGUGCCUAUGAUCACAGAGCUGGUGAACGAUAGUAACGUCCAGUUUCUUGAUCAAGACGACGACGAUGACCCGGACACAGAGUUGUACCUGACCCAGCCGUUCGCGUGUGGGACUGCGUUUGCCGUCAGCGUGUUGGACUCGCUGAUGUCCACGACGUACUUCAACCAGAACGCGCUGACGCUGAUCCGGUCGCUGAUCACGGGCGGCGCGACACCGGAGCUGGAACUCAUCUUGGCGGAGGGGGCGGGGCUCCGCGGAGGCUACAGCACGCCCGACAGCCUGCUGAACCGGGAUCGCUGCCGGGUGGGGCAGAUCUCUCUGUAUGACGGGCCCCUCGCGCAGUACGGCGAGGCGGGCAAGUACGGGGACUUGUUCGUGGCGGCCCUCAAGUCCUACGGCAUGCUCUGCAUAGGACUGUACAGGUUUCGAGACACAAGUUCCUCUUGCGAUGCCUCAUCAAAGCGAUAUGUGAUAACCAAUCCACCUGACGACUUUCAGCUGCUGCCGACAGACCAGGUGUUCGUGCUGAUGCAGUUCGACCCGGGGCUGGAGUACAAGCCCAACCAGGGCACCAGAGGCAAGGACGACAACUCCUGACUGCUACUGUGUAGCGCCCUCACGGACGGACCCUACUCCUACAUCUAGACGCGAGAGACCGCCGUGACCGCCGCCUCUGCCGCUCCUCCCUCUCCGCCGUGCCGCCGAGCGAGCGUCUCGCGUCGUCUCGACCUCUGCGUUGUGAAUCCAACACCUGCUUUUUUAUCAAGUGAUAUUUCUAUGUUUUCUAUGAAAAUUGCUACCGAGAAGCACCCGACUAGUGGUCAGUUCUGACGUCGGUGCAGAUCCGAGAGACACCGCGUGCUUCUUUUCCCUUCUGUCGAUGAUCUCCGUGUUUGCGUUGUGGGCGUGGGUCUCCUCGCCGGCGAGGCGACGACCGGUGGCGGGCGGAGCGAGCGCUUGCGCGUGGUCCGCGGGACGAAGCGUGCCAGGAGUGGGGGGGGAACUCCAUCCGAACCUUGUCCGUGGGCCGAGGGGUCUCGGGCCCGUCGCACUGGGGGGCUGCUACAUUGAACAAACACUCGAUGAACUCUUACAAAUAAUUUGCAAAUGUGAAAGACUUGAAAUAUCCCUGGCUUUUUAUUGAAUAAAGAGUUUUGUAAUUUGCUUCAAAAAAAAAAAGUAUAUAUUAAUAAGAAAUGUUAAAUGGUGCUGAUUUAAAUAUUAAACAGAGUUAAAUGGGUUAUAAAUUAAAUCUAAAAGGUGGAUUGUUGUGAAAAAAUUUUAGUUUUGUUAAUUUUUAUGAUAUUUUGUAUGCAAUGGCAGAGAAUAAAUAGUUGUGUUAAUGAUAGUCAGGUGUAUUAGAAAUGGUCUUAAACUCUUUCUUAUUCUGCAAACUUAUUCAGUUAGAUGUUUUGCUUCAUAAAAAAAAUUGUUCAAGUUUUGUUUAGCAGUGAUUGUGGCACUAGUGGCAUCUAUUUUGUGCAAAGAGCUGUCAGUACAUUUUAGAUGUUAAGAGUAGUUUUGUGUGUUACGUUUUUAGAUAAAUCAACACUUUAAUAUUGUGCAUUCCAAAUUUAAUUACAAUUUUUCACCAACACCUCUUCCUCACAUAUAGUUGCCAGGUGUCUUAAGUUGGCUAUCUUGUGUUUUUAAGAACCUUAGUUUUGUUGUAGUCUUGUUUUCUAAUAGGUCAUUAUGAAUGUAGUAUGUUAACCACAGAGUAUUAUAUUCACACAAUCAGUAUUCUGCAUUAUUGAUACAUUUGGGUAUUUGUAUAAACUGCUUACCAUUAAUGAUAUGUCUUCUAGGUACAUGUUUUUUUGAAAAUUUGGGCUUGCACACACUUCCUCAAAAUUCUUAAUUUUAAAAAUAGAAUAAAAAUGUUUUGCAUUUCAGAAUAUUCAGUGUCUAAGAACAUACUAAUGAUUAUAUUAAAAAGCAGAUUUGUUAUUUCAUGCAAAAAAAACUUCUAUAGAACUGCACCUUUGAUACCAUCAAGGUAUCUGUUUAGUAUCUCUUGUUAGUUUAGAAUAAGAGAUACAUACAUGGCGAUUUCAGCCUUUUCUAAAACCUAUGUUACUACCCCAAGUGUCUGUGUUUUUUAUUACAAGCAUGUUUUUGGAUUUGCAGAAAUAAACAAUUUUUACUAUGUUAACUACUGUUUAAUUAAAACACACAUUAUUUGUGCCAAAAGUAAGAAGUACUUGCCUGGUUUCCAAUACAAUCGGGAGUUUUGGCAGUCGAAGUUAAUAAAAUUUUAAUGAUUUAAUAGGAUGUAGUUAAGCCGCCCCGAAUACUAACUUUUUUAGUAAAAAAUUAUUAUUUAGAUAUAUAUAUACAAUAAAAAAUAUUUUUAAAUAUUAUCAUUUUUAAGCUAAGCGUGCAAAGCUGGGGGUUUUGAUUAAUCAGUGGUCGAGCCAAAUGUGCAUCAAUUUAGUCUAAAUUUUGGUUUGCGAUUGUUUUUGAAGUAUCUAAACUUACGUAACAUUGCUGAUUCUGAUUCUCAAAUUCAAGUCAGUAUCUCAUCCGCCAGAGUAUAUGGCAAAGAAUGAAGAAUUAUAUAGGACAAAGAAUUUGAUAGUAAGGCAAUCUUCAGUAUAUCAAGUGUAGUGUUUGAACCUAAAAAAGUCUCUCAUGAAAUACAACAUGUAAUAUAAAUCCACAAAUACAUGUUGUACAUAAAUGUCUGUUUUUGCACAGUAUUCAAAAUAUACAAAAUUAAAAAUAAGUACACUUCUCCACCAAGUAUUAUGAAUUUUCAAGCAAAGAUUUUGUCCAGAUAGUACUAUUUUGAAAACUAAACCUUACUUUGUAAAACAGAUAAUAAGACUUUUAUUAUUCUUUAUGCGAAUGAUUUUUUUUUAAUUACUAGAAUCAAAUUUUGAGUGAAAUAUCAAAUUGUUCAUGAAUAUUGAAUAUUUUUCAAAUUGAAUUUCAACAUAUAGGAUGUAAAAAACUUAUUUUUUUCACACUUUACAGGAUUCCAAGAAAGUUUGAUGCAAAAUAACAGUCAAAUGAAAUCAAAAUGGCAUUGUGUGAAUGCAAUAAAAUAAAAACUUGCAAAGUUUUCCCAGUAAAAUUUAAGUUUCAAAAUAUGUUUUGUUGAUCCAACAUAAAAUGGAGUACAUUAAACAUUUUUUAUCAUAAGAUAAUACAAGUUUUAAAAAUUUAUGUAUUUUGUUGCAGAAAUCAAGUCGAAAUUUCUCACUAAAUCUUCUUUGCUUCAGAAAGGUUACCUUUUUGUCAUUUAAAUAUCUUAUGACUGAAUCUCAUUUGUUGUAUCUGUUGGUAAUGAAUAAACAAAAAAAUUUAACUAGUCUGAAUUGUUGGAUGUGAUAUCACAUUACUAACUAAUAUCAAAUAUUUAUUGAAUACUUACAGCCCUUUUAUACAUUACAUAUUCCUGUUUUGACCACGAAUUAUGUUACAAAUAUUUUAUCUGACAAAGAAAUUGAUGUUAAAAGUAGAAGUUACACUCGAAAAACGAAAGGCAAUAGUGUUGGCAGCACUGACGACUUCCAGCCUGCACAGUUACCGAGCGUACUUUAUGUGUGCGGGAACGUUUUUUUUUUUUAAACAGCUUAGUUUAAAAUCUACAUUCACUGCAUCCACACAGUGUCUCAUAGCUGCUUUCACCCACCGUCCACGGUCACUUGUGUUACUGUCUGGCUUGUGGCGUCGGGUGCAGCAGUUGGCACUCAUGAGAGUUUCCCUGUCGUCUCCUGCGUUAGUCCUGCGGUGAAGUGCGUGACUCGACACACGGCAUACUGGAGGAAUUCAAUCAUUUCUGGACAGAGAACCCUAAGAUAACUGAAGUGCUCACACAGGCUUGUAGACAUUUGCACCCGUCUGUGUUCUUGAGUAGCAACUGAAGUAAUUACGCCAAGUACCGAUACUUGGUGGAGCAGUGCACUUCCUUUGUUUCACACAUUUUUAUUCAUUUCAAUCCUUUUUACUUUGCUAAAAAAAAUUUUUUUUUAAAUUUUGAAUGUGAUAUAACUUAAUUUAUAAAUUACUAAAAUAUGUUCUGCAUUCUUGAGAUACUUGAAAACAAAAAUUGACGAUUGAAGAGUAUGAUGAGGUCUUGAAAUAAUCUUGUGAUUGGUAGAAUCCUGGGAUUGGGAUUGUGAUUGUUACAACUGCAUGUGGCUUGCAUCGUUGUGGGUCUGUGUGCCAGGGGCGUAGGACACUUGUGUACAUUUCAAAAGGUGUGCAAGCCUGUUUUGAUUUGUAGAUUUCGAACCGCGGAAGUGGCUGGCCACUCGCAGCGAACUCGUGUUCCGACUGCAUGUAUGUCGCCACGUUAAACUUUACAAUAUGUCUGAAGGUCUUGCAGUUUCUUGUCGAAGCGUGUGUCUGUGUGUGCGUGCGUGUGAAACAUCGGUGUCUCCUUUAAAACUUGCCAUAAAUUUUUGAGUUGGUAGUUUCGCAGAUACAGGAAGUGGCCGUUAACUAAAUGUGCUGUGAAAGAUUGUAGCUGGGUUAGUUUCUUCCUGCAAUAUUUAGAGUGCUGGGACUAUUUGUUACUUUUCUUUUUUUCAAAUGAAUUUUUUUCUAAAUGAGCAAUGUUCCUCUAGCAUAAGAUGGUCUUUGUGAAGUCUGGUGAACUUUGUAAACAUAGAUACGAAACUGCAAAUGCCCUCCGAUAUAUUUUAACCUCUAGUUAUUGUAUACAGCAAAUAAUAUAUAAAAUGUUGUUUGAAAAAAAGCUAUUAAAACUUAUGUAUUAAAAUAAAGUAUAAAAAAAUGUGUCUGAGACACGGUAAAAGAAAGUGUUAAAUAAUAGCCCAGGUGUUGUGGCUCGCCGUAACUCGUGAACACAGGGUUGUGUGUGCGCGUCGCAGUUCGUCUGGAGCGGACGUGGCUUCGUCUGCUUCCCGCAACUACAGUACAACACACAGCGCUGGAAAUUAGUCUCUAGCCGUGGUUGCUACAAUUUUGCGACCGUUUCAAGAAGAUGACUUUGCGUUCAAAAAAAAAAAUACAUGCCAGGAACAAUAACAUUCUCUGUUGCAGACACGACCUUGAAGCAUUCUUCAUCGUAGGUAUUUUUGCACGUUUCAAGAAGUGCAAGAAUUUUUUUUCACGUGUGUGUCUUUUUAAAAUCACAAAUAAUUUUUAUCAAUAAGAGAGUAACAUAAUGUUCAUGCUCAUUGAAUUUAUUCACCUUCACUGAUAAAGAAUAAUUGUUUUGUAUAUUUUUGUCGAAGGAAAUAUUUGUUAUGGAUAAUCGUUAUUGUUACUCACUGGUCUAAUUAACUGAUCAUUUGUAUUAAUUGUCAAAACUGGUCAUGGUGUGUAGCGAUAAUAUAGUUUUUUAACAAUGCACUAUACCUACUUCAUGGAAGACUCUGCGGAUAAAUGAAUUUGUCGAUUAAUAAAAUCAUUUUUUCAGCAGUGUACGUACUAGCAACUAGCUUAUAAAAAUUUGUUGUUAAAAAUAUGCUUUUUUUUACUAGCACAAAAUAUUUUGUCACUUGUACCUGUCAAAGUUUUCUUACACUGUUGGGUUGUUCUUUAACCAAUAAACUAUUUGAUUACAUAAAAAACUAGUUUGUGACAGAUGUGUGUGUUGACUUCCAUGAUGGGUGAGUGUGUGUUAAAAACAAGGUGCAACGUGAGUGUGCUGCCGUUCUCGUGCCCUGCUUCCUGCCAUAAUGAAAGUUUCAUGUUGUGGUCGCUAUGUCUCUGUGUAUCUUGGUGAAUAUCCUGUGCCAACAAAAAAAGAAAAGAAAGGAAACUUGGUAAAUUUUAAAAUGAGAAUCCAUUAAAUUUACUACCAAAACAAAUACCACACUCAGUCUCACGUGCUAUACGUUUAUUGUUUAUCUUCCUGUCAUUACUAUUACUUAAAGGCUAUCCCUGUAAAUUUAUAACAAUGGCCCCUUUGCAUCUGUUGUUUCAUCACAAAAUGGUCACCAGAUGUUUGCCAAGUGUUAUUUGCAUGCUGUAAAUUGUCACGUAAGUGAUCAUAGUUGUAUAAACACUUGCAAGAAAUUUUACAGCUAAUCCUAUUAGAUAAUGCUUGCUAACUGUCUUGCGAUCAAAUUUGGUGCAAAACUUGAAAUGCACAAGAGCUAUCAAGAUACGUAAUCUUACAAGCCUUUACAGUAGCCUUUAAAUAAGGGUAACAAAUGAAAAAAUUAAGUAAAAUGACAUGAUACUGCACCUUAAUGAUUCACUGACUUUGUUACUGACUGCACGAUUCAUAAUUUAAAAAAAAGAUGAACUUCAAUCACACUUUUAGAAAUGUUAAAGUAAUUCAAAUCUGAAAAAAAUUGUAGCUAUAUUUUGUUUUUCAAACGAAGACCAUAAAUUGUUUUAUGUCGGCUUCUAUAAGUCGAAUUAAAUAAAACGUAUUUACUGUGGGCUUGUUUGGAAGAACUGUGUGUGUACAAACAGUUGAGAAGCUCAGCAGAGAGCUUGUGGCAGGCACGGCUUGGUGGGACUGUCCGUGUGCUGCGCGGGAACGGCACGCACAGCACGGAAACACAGCUUCGAUACCAGGCUAGGUAUGAAUAACAGAGCAAGCAAUCAAGUCAUCCAAUAUCAUCUUCAACAUUGAUGUUAACAUCGUCAGCUGUAGACUUACUUCCUAGGGGGUAUUUAAAGUGUUUCGAGCACAACUUUCAAAUUUCUAUUAAAAUUUUUGAUAUGGUUUGUGUUCAAUUGACUGUGAAUGGUCAGUUAUAACCAAGCAUCGUAUGACAGACUUCUUGGGAUUUAUUUUGCAAAUGAAAUACCAUAUAGUAAAACCUCCACUUGUAAAAUCACUAUGUGGAUGUGAUUUGUUACAAGAAAUUACAAUUCUUGCAUAUUACUAGACUGAAUCUUUUUUUUCAGACAAAUUAUUGCACUAUAUCAUUUGCGAAGGUUUUUUUUUUCUUCCAUUUGUUGGGAUGAUUAGGAACUCAAUUUAAAACCCAAUGGACUACAGUUCUACCAUGUGUAUUAUUGUCCAGCAACUGCUUUCAUGCAGCAUCAGCAGGUUCAGUUAAGAAUGAGUCAUCAACUAGAUGUGCAAUAAUCCAAUAAUCCAAUAAGGUCUACAAAGCAAGUACAGUAGCUUAUGUGUUAAGUCAGGGUCUUAGCUUACAUUUCACUGUGGUUAUGCUGAAAUAACUGACAGUUCUCCACACACACACCGUGUUCAGUAUUAUUGCUGACUGCAACUCUCACUGUUGACUUGUGUGUUUACCAAUUAACCUACCUAUAAUAAUGCCUAGGGGUGCAAUGAUAAUUUAAUUGUACUUUUACGACAACUUGUUGAACCUGCAAGAAAACAGUUUUGCUCGUGUAUUGUGGGAGAAGUUAAAUUUCAGAAUGGUUUCUAAUAAGUGUAUUAACAACUCUGUAUGUAAUCUUAUUUCAGUUGCUUAGCAUGAGACUAAAAAACAAAUUUCUGUGGUUUAUUUUGGGUAAAAAAUUGGCUGCUGGAGUAAUUUCUUGACUUUUGUUUAAAAAGUAUUGAUGUGAAAUUUGGUGCAAUACUGUUGUGCAAAUGUAUUCUGUAGUUGCAGUGGCCAUUUCUAAUGGUCCACAUAAGUUUUAAAAAGAAGUUGCACGCUGCUCAAUAUGUGACAAGUUGAACAUCAGACCAUUUCAAAAAUUUUAUCAACGCUUUUAAAGUGAGCAACAAAGGAAUAGAUGCACUUGAACUUAUCAAACAUAUCCGAUACUUUAAUUGAACAAAAUUCUUUGAAUUCCAAGAAAGCACCGUUAAUGUUACGAGGGCUCGUGCGCUUGUGAAUGUUUAUAAUUUGGGAAUUAAUUGUCAUCGCACUGGCAUAAGCACAUUCCUUUGCUGAUCAUUUGAAGCAGUCAGUCUCUGAAGCAUCAGGUGUGCCCUCUACAUGUACGGGAUAGAAAGGCAUCAAGGUACGAACAGGUGGAAUAUGAGAGUUGCUGGUUCUCCUUACAUUAAGAAGGGCUGGAGAAAAGAAAAGCAAAGAAACGAAACUGCUCGCGAAGAUCCUGUUCUUGCCGUGAUGCGGAAAGUUUUCAGAUACCACCUUAAAUACCCAGUGAUGUUAAAAGCUAAUUGUGUGUUGCUGAAACAUUGUUGAAGAAGGAUGUUGUAUCAAACUUAUUGUGAUAUAAAUGGCCAAAAAAUUAUGAAUCUA